GCCCACGAACAUGGCGAAGACGUACGAUUACCUCUUCAAGCUGCUGCUCAUCGGGGACUCGGGCGUGGGCAAGACCUGCGCUCUCUUCCGCUUCUCCGAGGACGCCUUCAACGCCACCUUCAUCUCCACCAUCGGUAUUGACUUUAAAAUCAGAACCAUCGAGCUGGACGGCAAGAGGAUUAAGCUGCAGAUAUGGGACACCGCCGGCCAGGAGCGAUUUCGAACCAUCACAACCGCCUACUACCGGGGAGCCAUGGGCAUUAUGUUAGUCUACGACAUCACCAAUGAGAAAUCGUUUGAGAACAUUCGGAACUGGGUCAGGAAUAUUGAAGAGCACGCCUCUCCGGACGUCGAGAAGAUGAUCCUGGGGAACAAAUGCGAUGCCAAUGACAAGAGACAAGUGUCCAGAGAGCAAGGGGAGAAGCUUGCUGCCAGCUUCGGGAUUAAGUUCAUGGAGACCAGCGCAAAGGCAAAUAUAAACAUAGAGAACGCCUUUUUCACUCUGGCAAGAGAUAUCAAAGCGAAAAUGGACAAGAAGUUGGAAGGCAACAGCCCCCAGGGCAGCAACCAGGGCGUCAAAAUCACCCCAGACCAGCAAAAGAAAAGCAGCUUUUUCAGAUGUGUUCUUCUGUGAGGGGCACGGCCUUAACCCGAGCGGCUGCUCCUUGAGCUGGACUCUGCCUGUUCCGAGCGAGCUUUCCUCUGGCUGUGGACUUUGCAUUCUCAACCCUGUCACGUUGUGACCGUACGAGUAAGAAAUUGUCUCUUUUAGGAAUUGUCUGACUCUUCAAGUUUGGAGAUUAAACACAUUUAUUUCUGUCAGCUUGCCCCGGGGCAUGUUGUCUAGCAGAGGGAGUGCAGAGCACCUGGGACCUGUGAUACAGCACCUUUGCUGGCAGGCUUCAACCUUCUGGUUUGUAUCCAUGAUAUAUCCAACGUGGAGAGAUGAAGUUAUGAUGAAAACAAGAAAUGGAAAUGCCAGUACUAGUGAGGUACAGGUGUGUGUAGGUGAGACGUGUCUGUAGCCACGUCUAGAGGUGUAUAUAGAACAGUUGCUUCAAAACAGCAAAGAAUUGUGCUGCUGUGAGCAGCAGAGGCUUGUACCUUCUUGGAAGGUAGAAGGAAGCUUUCUGGAUCUCCACCUCUUGGCUGCUAUAGAGAAAACCCAUUUAUCUGCCUGUUACAGUUGUGUCACUGUGGACAAUCCAUGAGUACAUUUGGAGUUAAAAAAUAAUCCUCCUCAAAAGAGUCUCUUAUUUUUUUAAGAAACCAAAGUAUGCUGUAAGUGGAAUGGUUCCUUCCCAUCAGGAAUUAUGUUCUCCUUGUUAGACGUGACUGUGCUUCAUUAAGUACUCCAGAUGUUCAGAUGUGUUUCAGAGGAGAUGAUGGCUCCAGCGAGUCCCGUGCAAACGGUCUGUGGUCUGUUCUUAGAGAAGCAGGCCUUGGUUCGGGCAGGGACACUCACUCAAGCAUUCCAGCUUUUCCUUCUCCACUUGAGAGCAGCUCCAGACCUGUCGUGAUGUAAUAGCUCAGUUUGUAUCGUGACAAGAACAUGUGUUGCACUGCUUCCAGUGGUGUGGCCUCACGCACACUUUGCUCACAUACUCAAAGGAAUGUUGCACAUACAAACACUUUCUGCAAACCAGCUUUGUGAAGCUGAGAUUUGCCUCGCUGCUGACCCGGAUUUCAGGCAGCAGCAAGGCUGUCACUGGGGAGCAGCAAUGCAGAUGGUGUUAGUCCUCAGUGGGAAUAGUCUAUGUAUUUAUUCUGAUAUACACAGUCUAGUACAUUCCAAUGUGUAAAAUGUAACAGCCAAGUAAAGCUCCUCCAUAGCUCGUACUGUCAGUUCAGAGGCUGUAAGCCUGACUUCAGUAGGCUGACAGAAGGAGCCAGGAAGAGCCAUCUCCUUCAAAGUCUGCUGUGGAGUGAUUGCAGUUAUGGUGUACUGAAUUCAAACAGCCAUACCAGCUGUGUCCUGCAACCCACUGGAAUUGUUAACAUGCUUUGUUUACACUUCAAGGGUAAAAUUAAAGCUGAUUUUAAAGUUAAUGAAUUUACUCACCAGUUUUGUGUUCUUCAAGCUUGUGGUAUUACAGCCUGGCCUCAAAGGAGCACUCCUGAGUAUUGCUGUAGUUAAUGAUCUGUCAGAUUCAGACUGAAACUAGGAGUCUGCAGCCUGCAACUGGGCUCAACAGGAGCAUGGCCUGUUUUUCUAGAGUAGAAGUUUUCCUGCAGAAGUUACUGGUUUAUAAAAAUGCAUUUUCUGUGCUACCAACCUUUUGUUAUUUUAUGUUUAAAGAGCAGAUGACAGCGAGCUCUGUUUGUGAUUAAAAUCAUACAUAGAGCUUCCCUCUAAUCAGUACCUUAUGAUGUUGGGUUUCUUUUUUGCUUACUUGUGGCUUUUUAGUGUGAGGACUUGGUAACCGUGCACCAUAGGGGAUGUACACACUGGUGUAUCUGUAGGAUAAACCACUUUAAGCUACUGAAGAGCCUUCUAGUCAGUGCGUGCUUCAAAGCGUCGUUAAUGCAGUGCUAUAGAUUGGGCAAGCAACACUUUCGAUCUUGAGAUGAGGAUGCUUUUAAAGAAAGACUUUGUGCAUGCUUCAAGAAAUGACUGAGGCAGAGGUGGGGAAGUCAUUAAGGCAUGGGCUGAAUGUUGUUUUCCUGCAGAAAACUCAUCUGUUUGAUGAUUUGUUUUCUGGCUUGGUAGUAAAUGUGGAUUGUCUCACAUCCAUCCUUCUGCUUCAGUAGAGCCAGAUGCUGCAGCCAGACUUUUUCAAAGGGACUGGAAAAACAAGUGGUUGGUCUAACUUGGUAUCAUGGGCUGUCCACCAUGAUGCUGCCUGGUGGCAGUAUCUAAACUGAUAUCUUGCAGUGAGAAAGCAAACUACAUUCAUUUCCAAGUGGAUAAAACUUGAAGGAUGGGGUUGUGUUUUUUCACUUCUCAUUUUCUAACUCUGAAGUUACUCUUUUCAUUCAGAAUGAAUUCUGUGUGUGAAUACCUUUUGUUUCAGCCUGUGCUGGUUGUUGCACAUGUUUAUGUACCUAAUUUAUAGCAUGCUUUCCUUUUAUGACAUGAUUUGGUUUACUCCAUGAACAACUACAUUAUUGCCCAAACUCAGGAAGUUUCAUAGUUACUGUGAUUACAGUCAUCACUGUACUUCUGGGGUCUACAGACUCUACAUCAAUAUUAAAUCAGAGCAAGCAAUAUGAAAUAUAAAAUACAAAUGUAAGCCAGUAAAAGGUUGAAGACACUGCAGUUGUACGUACACUUGACUGCAUGUUGCUAAACGUGGACAUCAAAUCUUGGAGAAGGACAAUAUGUAGUUGAUGUUUCCAUCAUGUAAUUAGAUUACUGUGGUUUUUAAGUAUGAAUGUUCAGGAAGACUCAAGGAUGGAAUGAGGUACUGUGUAAAUACCUCCAGUAAUGUGCUUGUAUCUGAGCUUUCUUUAAGGAAGAAAACUUUUUCAAUCAGAUACAGAGUUUGUAUAACUAAGGAAUUUAAGUGGAUCUGUAAAAUUAACUCUGCUUCUUACAUUCUCGGUGUCUACAUGCCACUAAAAUGUCAGGUAAUGGAGUAACACUUGGUUUGUAGGAAAACAAACCCAUUUUUGAGCAUGUUCUCAAACUCCCUUUAAUGUAUCACAGAAUUCUGUGGCUGACCUAAUUUUUGAGGCUGGUUGCAAUAUUUCAGAUAGUCUUCACCCUCUUUGGGUUUGGGCCUGUCAGGAGCUCGUCUGUCAAUGAAAAGGGGAACUGCAGUCUGAACACUGCCAUUUUAACACUUAGAGCUAUCUUGGUCCUGUACGCAUGGGCACACCUCAUGUUCCUUGACAUCAGAGCCUUAUGCCAGCAUCAGACCUUCAGCCUCAGAUUUAUAAAUCCUAUGGAUUAUUGUAAGUCUCUUUACUGCUGCUGAAACUUAUUUGGUGUCUCCUUUCAUGUGAGAUGCUGCUCCAGGAUGAUGAUUGUAGUGGUGGUGUCUUUGGCUUGAUGAUCCUGCUCAAAAUCUACCGUGAUUUCUUGUUCUCUUGGGCUUGAACUGGCUGGUGUCUGUGCUGGAGAGGAAAUGGACAAACAGCUGUGUGGAGGACAGUCUCCAUUAGUACCAGAAGCUCAGAGGGGUUGGGAAGGAAUGAGACUAACUUCUGUCUUCAUUUCUAGAUUAACUAAGGAGCUGUUCAAUUGAACGUUGAUGGUAACAUGCAGCCUGAUUAUUUCAGGCUGCCUUAUUCUUUGACCCAUCUCUUCCAGUGAUCGUUGGAGAUCUUGUUUCUGUAGGCAAUGCAAGUUUUUGGGGCUGGGCUCUCCAGCCCUUCUGCAGGAAUCAGAUGCUCUACAUUGGGUGUGAGUUGGGACUUAGGACUUUGCUUUGAAGGGAACUUAAUGCAUCCCAGAAUUUUGUAAAACAACUGUAAAUUGUGUUUUUUAGAAUGACCACUUUUGGCUGCCACCCUUCCCACAUGGCAACUGCUUUCUGAAACACUUCUUGAUUUCCAUGUUUGUAUGAAAACCAAACCUGUUGUUUAUUACAGUAUGUAUGUUUUUUACUCUGUUGUACAGGACCCUGAGCACUGCAUAAAUAAACUUCUUUAUGAAAAGAGAA